CUGCAGUGUGUCAAUGACUUCGUCAGUAACAUCACUUGUGUGUUGAACAUCACAUGCGUGCCCCCAGACAUGCCAUGCAUUCUGCAUGGUAAACACCCCGGGUUUGAAAGGUAAAGAAGACUAAGGAUGCACCCUAACUGGAACCCUAUUCCCAUAGGACCCUGGUCAAAAGUAGUGCAAUAUAUAGGGAAUAGGGUGCCAUUUGAGACGCUAACUGAAACAAUGGUUCACUGUUUUAACUACAGUCAAUGUGAGAUGAAGUCCUUGGGCGGUUCCAACACAGCUUUGAGAGGCGGCAGUCUGGUCUUUGAGGGCAAUCCAGUGAGUUUUAUAAAACCAAUGAUUGGUUAUAUAUAUGCAUUAUUAUAGAUGCUAAGUAUUUUAAUAACAGAUGAUACAAGUAAUAAAAUGAAUAUAACACAUUAAUCUGGAUGAAUUAAUUAUUAAGUUUUUCCUAAUAAUAAUAAUAAUAAUAAAACAAUGACAGCAUAUAUAUAGACCAAUAGACAACCAACCCUGGAUAACUGAACUUCUGUAAAUUGUCUUUCAGUACUUUUGGGACGUUGAUAAAAUACCCAUUGGUGUACGGUGUGGACAACCAGAAGAUUAUGUGAUUCAGAUUAAGUACACGUAUCAACCAUUUAACCACAGUAAGUGUACAGUAUUUGGAGGCCAAAGGUCGAAGUACUAUUGUGUACGAAAUGUCAGCUAUGACUAACCUACUACUACACUACUAAUUGUACACCAAGUACAACGAUACGAUACUUUAUGAGGUUUUGUCAGCAUACAAAAUGCACAAACUCAAUACACUAUAAUACAGCAUAAUGUAAUACAAGAAUGCUGGAAAGCGUAUUAAUUGAUUCAAUUUAAUACUAUUUCAUACUUGAUACUAACACUUCUAAUUCAACUUAGUACUAGUAGUUCUGUUAUAGUGAUAUUAGUGCUAUAUUAGUAAUAUAUUAGUACUACUACGACUACAUUAACUGUGUUGUUUUGUAUUUUGGCAGUUAAGAUGCACCCCCCUGGCAAGCCAAACAUCACUAAUUCCUCAAUCGCAUGGACACCAGGAGCUCCCAUUUCAAAAAUGAUCUUCAACUAUAACUUCCAGCUACAGUGGAAACAGGAACUACAUCACUGGGAGGUGAGAGAGGGAGAGGGGGGAGGGAGGGGGAGAAAGAGAGAAAGGGGGGGAGGUAAGGGAGACAGAGGACAGAGAAUGACAAGAAGGAGCUACAGUGGAAACAGGAACUACAUCACUGGGAGGUGAGGGAGGGGGGGGGGGGGAGAGAAAGGGGGAGGAAAGGGAGACAGAGGACAGAGAAUGACAACAAGGAAAGGGGAGAGAUUAGAGAGAAUACAGUGAAAGAGAGAAAACAGUGAAAGAGAGAAAACAGUGAAAGACAGAAAACAGUGAAAGAGAGAAUACAGUGAAAGAGAGAAUACAGUGAUAGAGAGAAUACAAUGAAAGAGAGAAUACAGUGAAAGAGAGAAUACAGUGAAAGUGAGAAUACAGUGAAAGAGAGAAUACAAUGAAAGAGAAUACAGUGAAAGAGAGAAUACAGUGAAAGAGAGAAUACAGUGAAAGAGUGCACAUCGCUUUGUACAAUAUCUAAAAGUACACCUACUGUAUGUUGUACUACUGCAGGAUGCUGUGGAGGUGAACAGAGUAAACAAACAGACGUAUUUUGACCUGGACCCUGAGAUGCUGGAGACAGGAAGGAGGUACCAAGUCAGAGUCAGGGUCCGAGCCGACCCAGACAAGUACCCUAACUCUCAGUGGAGCAACUGGAGCCCCAGUGCAUCAUGGGUCUCCGCUAUGGGCCAGACAAAGCCACAGCCAACAGGUAAAUACAGCAUCAGUGAUGUCAUUCGUAUACAUUUGAAUGAGGGAAAGGGGAAACUUAGUCAGUUGCACCACUGAAUGUAUUUAACCGAAAUGUGUCUUCUGCAUUUAACCCAACCCCUCUGAAUCAGAUGGUGUGGGGGGCCAGCAAACUUUCGGUUCCUGGCCCAACGCUCUUAACCGUUAGGUUACCUGCCGCCUAUGUAUACUUGGCCUAUAUAUACUAUAUAUACUUCAACUGCGUCCCAAAUGGCCUCUUAUUCCCUACAAAGUGCACUAAAAUUGCACCCUAUUCCGUACGCUGUAACAAAUUGCUGUAAAUGUACAGCAAAACGUUCAGUUAGCUACUGUAAUUCUAUAUUACAGUACUGUAAAGAGCAAUGCAUUAUGGGGUCUCAAUGGUGUUCCGCUACACUGCUGUAAAAUUAAUUUUACAUACAAUUUUACAGUAAAUUACUGUAUGACCUGUUUUGACCUGUUUUACUACGAAUUAUGGUGCAUUGUGGGAAACUGUUGUGGUGUUGAAAUAAUAUUUGUCUCGUUAACAUAUUUUGAGUAAUGCAUCGUAAGAGGCCAUUUUUGUUGCACCCCUUAAUGAGAAUGUUCUACCCCACAGAAUACAGUGCCAUACCGUUUUUGUUUGUAUUUGUCUUGUAAAUCUGCCAGUAAUUUACUGUAAUUCAGUACCACCCCACAGAAUACCAUACUAUACAGAUUUUUUUCAAAUCUAAAAGCCUUUUCCUGUAAAUCUACAGUAAAUUACUGACUACUGCGCUGCCAGUAAUUUACUGUAAAAAUUACUGGAAAUGUUUUACAAUGUUCAUAGUGCAUUACAUUUGGGCCAAAGGUAGUGCACUAAAUAGGGAAUACGUUGCCAUUUGGAAUGCAGGCAUUGUAGUGUGUUUCCAUAUUAGUCUUGAAAAAUAGCUUCUUCUUCUUCUUCUUCUUCUUCUUCUUCUUCUUCUUCUUCUUCUUCUUCCUUCCCUAUUUCGUUCUUUCAUUCUUAGAUAGGCAGACACAUGUUCAAAACAAAACAAACGUACAGACAGAAAUGACAAUGAAUGCUCUUCUAUGCCAAUCUAUAGGUCAGAUAGUGGUGUUCUUAUGUAAGUUCUAAGUAUGUUCUAUGUAUAUUAUAAGUAUGUCGUUCAUCUGGUCCGGUUCUCAGGUCAUCCUGAUGUUCUAGACCAGGACUUUGUGGUGGUAACUGUGGUGGGAGCUGUUGUUGUACUGGUCCUGCUGGUCUCCAUGUUCCUCUGCAACGGAAAAUUGUGAGUACUGUGUGUGUGUGUGUGUGUGUGUGUGUGUGUGUGUGUGUGUGUGUGUGUGUGUGUGUGUGUGUGUGUGUGUGUGUGUGUGUGUGUGUGUGUGACCAGGUAAGCUUGGAAUAGAGGGGAAUUCAAAGUAAAUGUGAUGUAUUUUAAAACCAACCGACUGCAAAGUAAACAUCAUGUAUUUGAUGUGAUUUCAUGUUUUGUAGUUGGUUAACUGCAACUUCCUUUCAUGUUGUUCAGUGCUGACAGGGUCAAGGAGAUUCUGAAUCCUCCUAUACCAGAUCCCUCCAGGUACUUUGACGGCCUCAACCUCGAUCACGAUGGAAACUUCAAGGUCAGUUCUACUUUUGACUGAAGUCAUGUGCCAAAAGUCACCCUAUUCCCUAUAUAGUGCACUACUUUGUAAUGGCUAUAUACUUAGUUAGGUUAUAAUGGCUGGAAUGUAAUGAAUGUAAUGGUAUCAAACAGAUAAAACACAUACAGUUGAAAUCUGAAGUUUACAUACACCUUAGCCAAAUACAUUUAAACUCAGUUUUUCACAAUUCCUGACAUUUAAUCCUAGUACAAAUUCCCUGUCUUAGGUCAGUUAGGAUCACCACUUUAUUUUAAGAAUGUCAAAUAUCAGAAUAAUAGUAGAGAGAAUGAUUUAUUUCAGCUUUUAUUUCUUUCAUCACGUUCCCAGUGGGUCAGAAGUUUACAUACACUCAAUUAGUAUUUGGUAGCAUUGCCUUUAAAUUGUUUAACUUGGGUCAAACGUUUCAGGUAACCUUCCACAAGCUUCCCACAAUAAGUUGGGUGAAUUUUGGCCCAUUCCUCUUGACAGAGCUGGUGUAAUUUAGUCAGGUUUGUAGGCCUCCUUGCUCACACACGCUUUUUCAGUUCUGCCCACACAUUUUCUUUAGGAUUGAGGUCAGGGCUUUGUGAUGGCCACUCCAAUACCUUGACUUUGAUGUCCUUAAGCCAUUUUGCCACAACUUUGGAAGUAUGCUUGGGGUCAUUGUCCAUUUGGAAGACCCAUUUGCGACCAAGCUUUAACUUCCUGACUGAUGUCUUGAGAUGUUGCUUCAAAAUGUCCACAUAAUUUUCCUUCCUCAUGAUGCCAUCUAUUUUGUAAUAUGCACCAGUCCCUCCUGCAGCAAAGCACCCCCACAGCAUGAUGCUGCCACCCCUGUGCUUCACAGUUGGGAUGGUGUUCUUGGGCUUGCAAGCGACCCCCUUUUUCCUCCAAACAUAACGAUGGUCAUUAAGGCCAAAUAAUUAUAUUUUUGUUUCAUCAGACCAGAGGACAUUUCUCCAAAAAGUACGAUAUUUGUCCCCAUGUGCAGUUGCAAACCGUAGUCUGGCUUUUUUAUGGCGGUUUUGGAGCAGUCGCUUCUUCCUUGCUGAGUGGCCUUUCAGGUUAUGUCGAUAUAGGACUCGUUUUACUGUGGAUAUAGAUACUUUUGUACCUGUUUCCUCCAGCAUCUUCACAAGGUCCUUUGCUGUUGUUCUGGGAUUGAUUUGCACUUUUCGCACCAAAGGACGUUCAUCUCUAGGAGACAGAACGCGUCUCCUUCCUGAGCGGUAUGACGGCUGCGUGGUCCCAUGGUGUUUAUACUUGCGUACUAUUGUUUGUACAGAUGAACGUGGUACCUUCAGGCGUUUGGAAAUUGCUCCCAAGGAUGAACCAGACUUGUGGAGGUCUACACUUUUUCUUUCUGAGGUCUUGGCUGAUUUCUUUUGAUUUUCCCAUGAGGCACUGAGUUUGAAGGUAGGCCUUGAAAUACAUCCACAGGUACACCUCCAAUUGACUCAAAUUAUGUCAAUUAGCCUAUAAGAAGCUUCUAAAGCCAUGUCAUCAUUUUCUGGAAUUUUCCAAGCUGUUUAAAGGCACAGUCAACUUAGUGUAUGUAAACUUCUGACCCACUGGAAUUGUGAUACAGUGAAAUAAUCUGUCUGUAAACAAUUGUUGGAAAAAUGACUUGUGUCAUGCACAAAGUAGAUGUCCUAACUGACUUGCCAAAACUAUCGUUUGUUAACAAGAAAUGUGUGGAGUGGUUGAAAAACGAGUUUUAAUGACUCCAACCUAAGUGUAUGUAAACAUCCGACUUCAACUGUGGUUUCCAUGUUUGAUACCUUUCCAUUAAUUCCAUUCCAGACAUUAUUAUGAGCUGUCCUCACCAUUGUCUUACAUUAGCAUCAUGUAGGAGUGAAGCCACCUGUCGGAAAACAAUGCCGUCCUCACCUUAUCAGCCUCUCUGUCUGUCUGUCUGUCUGUCUGUCUGUCUGUCUGUCUGUCUGUCUGUCUGUCUGUGUGUCUGUCUCUCGUCUCUCUGUCUCUCUCUCCUCUCUCUCCUCUCUCUCUCCUCUCUCUCUCUCUCUCUCCUCUCUCUCUCUCUCUCUCUCUCUCCUCUCUCUCUCUCUCUCUCUCUCUCUCUGUGUGUGUCUACAGGCUUGGCUGGGUCCUUUGUUCGCCUUUGAAUCCGUUGACUCUGCCUUGCACCAUGAAGACAUCUCCCAGGUAGAGAUUACCAACAGCAUGGACACCAUCGCCCCUCUGAUGAGGGAGACCGGCACUCCGCUACUACUGGAGAAGAGAUGGGACAGCAGUGGCCACUUCUCCAGCUCCAGCUUCACCAACUGCAGCAACUUUUUAUCUCAUUGCUCCCGGCCUGGAUCCUCCUCCACCAAGCUGGAACCCUGCUCUGUACACUCCCCUUACGGACCAGUAGGUGGCACUACUAAAGAGAUAGAAGAGAGGAAGGAGGAGAACAGAGGAGAAGGGAUGGAUAGUGGUGUAGGGAAGAAGGAUGGAGAGAUGGGGGGUGGAGGGAAGGAUAGAGAGAUGGGGGGUGGAGGGAAGGAUGGAGAGAUGUGGGGUGGAGGGAAGGAUGGAGAGAUGGGGGAUGGAGGGAAGGAUGGAGAGAUGGGGGGUGGAGGGAAGGAUAGAGAGAUGGGGGAUGGAGGGAAGGAUGGAGAGAUGGGGGGUGGAGGGAAGGAUGGAGAGAUGGGGGGUGGAGGGAAGGAUAGAGAGAUGGGGGGUGGAGGGAAGGAUGGAGAGAUGUGGGGUGGAGGGAAUGAUAGAGAGAUGGGGGGUGGAGGGAAGGAUAGAGAGAUGGGGGGGUGGAGGAAAGGAUGGAGAGAUGUGGGGUGGAGGUAUAUUUGGAGGCAUCUGUGGAGGUAAAGAUAUCAUCCAGGUUUCUUCUUACGAGCGUGUUGAGAAUCUCCAGGCCCAGCGUCAGGCCCUCAUAAGCCCAGAUUCAGGCAUCGGCAGUGGGGGAGAGGAUCAGGAAAGUCAGGAGAGUGUGGAGGAGGCGGACGGGCCUACGUCAACCCUCCCCCAUUUUGUCUCUCAGGGCUUCAAUCUUGUUCCGCUUCUUCCUCUUAGUAAUAACAAUAACUUUCCAUUCUGCUCCACCCCCUUACCUACUGCCCUGUCCGCUUUCCCCCAGCUACCAUUCACCCUCCCUAGGUUGGAUAGUGUAGGGGGAAAGGGUACAGAUAUGGGGGUUGGAGGAGGUUCUCUCACAAUGUCUUCCUCCUAUGAACGUGUGGAUAAGCUCCAGCUCCAGGCCCAACUCCUGGCCCUCCAGAGCCCAGAUUCAGGCAUCAGGAGUGGGGGAGAGGAUCAGGAAAGUCAAGAAAGCGUGGAGGAUGCGGUCGGGCCUACUGCGACUGCCUUCAACCAUAUCCCUCUUAUUACCACUAACAAUAUAUUUUCAUUCUGUUCCACCCCCUUACCAUUCCCGCUGGAAGGUUUACCCCAAUUACCCUUCACCUUCUCUGGGUUGGAGUUGGUUCCAUCCCUGGGACCCAGUACUAGUACCAGUCAUCCAGGCAAGCUGUUGGAGGAGAUGUCUCUCCUGUCUUCUUCAAUGGCAAUAGAGCCCUCUGGCUACAUGCCAGUGAAAGAAGCUCAGAAC